AUGGUACAAGAGGGCAUUGUGUUGGGUCAUGUGAUUUCUGAAAGGGGGAUGGAGGUGGAUAAGGCAAAAAUACGGGUAAUAUCAUCUUUGCCACCUCCGAAAAAUGUUAAGGGUGUAAGGUCGUUCUUGGGACACGCGGGUUUUUAUAGACGGUUCAUUAAGGGUUUUAGUGUUAUCACCAAACCCUUAUGCAACUUGUUAUUAAAAGAUGUCCCAUUUGAUUUUACUAACGAGUGUAUGCAAGCUUUCACUGUUUUGAAGGAACAUUUGGUCAAAGCUCCUAUUUUGCAACCACCGGAUUGGUCAAAGCCGUUCGAGAUAAUGUGUGAUGCAAGCGACACCACUAUUGGUGCAGUCUUGGGUCAACGAGUUGAUAGAAAGCCGGUGGUGAUUUACUAUGCAAGCAAAAUCCCAAGUCAUUGGACCAAAAAGCGUCGACAACAAUUCAUGGUUCAAGUGAAUCAAUACAUUUGGGAUGAACCGGAUCUCUUCAAGAUUGGACCGGAUCAAGUUAUACGAAGGUGUGUGCCCGAAACGGAAGUAAAUUGUAUAAAUUGCCAAAAAAUGGGUAGUAUAUCGAAGAGGGAUGAGAUGCCGUUACAACCGAUCUUGGUUGUUGAGAUAUUUGAUGUAUGGGGGAUAGAUUUUAUGGGUCCCUUCCCGAAUUCGAAUGGCUUCUUAUACAUUUUGGUAGCGGUGGAUUAUGUCUCGAAGUGGAUUGAGGCUAUUGCAACACGAACGAACGACCAUUCGGUUGUUUGUAAAUUUGUUCAAUCCAACAUCUUUUCUCGCUUUGGAAUCCUGCGGGUUAUUAUAAGUGAUGGUGGUUCGCAUUUCAAGAACUUCAAUUUCGGGAAAUUAUUGAAAAGGUAUAGCGUGAAUCACCGAGUUGCCACACCUUACCAUCCGCAAACAAGUGGACAAGUCGAAGUGUCCAACCGUCAAAUCAAAAAGAUUCUCAUGAAGACGGUAAGAACGGAUAGAAAGGAUUGGUCGAGCAAGUUAGACGAUGCAUUGUGGGCAUACCGAACGGCCUACAAGACUCAUAUUGGCACAACGCCUUACCGGAUGGUGUAUGGUAAGGGUUGUCACUUGCCAAUGGAGUUGGCGCAUCGGGCACAUUGGGCGAUCAAGACGGUCAACGCGGAUUAUGAUGAGGCGGGUAAGUUAAGAAAGUUGCAAUUGAGCGAGAUAGAAGAGAUUCGAGAUGAGGCGUAUGAAUGUGCAUCGGCGUAUAAAGAUAAACUCAAAAAAGUGCAUGAUGCAAAAUUGAGAAAGAAAACGUUUGAAGUUGGGCAAAAAGUUUGGUUGUAUAACUCAAGAUUGAAAAUGUUCGCGGGCAAGCUUAAAAGCAAAUGGAUGGGUCCAUACGUCAUUCGGAGAGUUGGGAGAUUUGGUGAUGUAGACAUCCAAGACGAGCAAACAUUGAAACAACAAACGGAAAUGGCUAAGACGAAAGAACAAGCGGGAUCGAGUUCAUCAUCAUCAAAAGGGAAAGGCAAACAAAAGGAACAACAACCGCGAAAAAGGCAAUAUAUGGGUCGGAUAAGUGAAAGCGAGAGUGGGAGUGAAGAAGAAAUGGAGUUGGAUCCGAGUGAAAAGCCGGUGUGGAAUUCGGGUCCAUUAGAUGAUCAAGCAGAGGAGUGGCAACCGACACUCUACCAUGAUUGCAUGAAUAAGUUGAAGAAUAAGGCGGCGGCCUUCAUUUGUGAACGAGAGGUUCGGGAAGUGGAGUUUCAACAAUUUGGGGUGUUUGAUAAGUUUCGGGCGCUAGGAUGGGAAUCGGCGCUCAAAUGUUUCGAUAAAGACAAAAGCAACUUGUUUAUGACCGAGAUACAAGAAUGGAUGGCGACCUUGAAAUGUCAUAAUUUUAACAAGCCGUCACAGAUGAAGUUGAUUGGUGAGGUGCACGGGGUACCGGUGGAGAUGUCAUUUGACACUUUGAAGAAGCUCGGGAAGUAUGAUAGUCUCCCGGCUCGUGAGUACAUGGUUCCCACUCUCGAUGACCUCUUGCUUAAACCGGAGAAACAUGUUCGAUGGAAUGAUAUGUUGGCAGCAAUAUUUUUACCCGGUAAAUACAGUGGUAUUCUAUACCGGAAGAAUUUGAAGAUAGAAGCUAAAUUGUUGCAUACAAUCUGUCUUCUCAAUGUCCUUCCAAGAAGGGGAGACAAAGAGCAGGUGAGGUUUCCGGAGGUACCCGUUCUUUAUUCGUUAAUGCAUGGGGCUCCACGUUUCCCGAUACGUUAUCUUAUCAUGAACCACUUAUGGAUCUGCCGGAAUAAGUAUGGAAGAGACAUCGUCCCGUAUUGUCGAAUAAUUACGGGAUUGAUGAAACAACAGAAAGCGAUAACAUCUGAAGAUCGGGGAGUAACAAAAAGGCACCAGCCUUUUACGUUGGAUAAGUUGGGGAGUGUUUGGACGUAUACUCAGACGGAGCGUUAUCACAAGUUAAAGUCGGAAGGCCAAAGGUGGAGAGCUCUUAAGGCGAAUGCGAGAGAUUUGUUACCGGGUGAAGAGGAUGAACCCGAGAGUGAAGCAGAGAUCCCAAGCGGGGAUGAAGAUUAUGAGGAGCAACCGUAA